AUGGAUUUCUCAUUCGGAUGCUUCAAAUCCUCCAAAACCAUCUAUGAUUUCACUGUCAAGGAUAUUCGUAGAAAUGAUGUGAGUCUGAGUCUGUAUAGUGGGAAGGUUCUACUGAUUGUCAAUGUUGCUUCAUAUUGUGCUUUUACGGAAGUAAAUUACAAAGAGUUGAGCGAGUUGUAUGUGAAGCACAAGAAUCAAGGAUUUGAAAUAUUGGCAUUUCCAUGCAAUCAGUUUCUUGCACAGGAACCAGGAUCCAGUGAAGAAAUUCAUAAAUUUGCCUGCGCAAGGUUUAAAGCUGAAUUUCGAAUCUUUCAGAAGAUUGAAGUGAAUGGAAAGAAUGCAGACCCCCUUUACAAGUAUUUAAAGAAUGAGAAAGGUGGGAUAUUUAGAGCCAUCGAUUGGAACUUCACCAAAUUCUUAGUAAACAAACAAGGGAAGGUCGUGAAGAGAUAUGCUCAUACCAUUAAUCCUCAUAAAAUCGAGAAGGACGUCAUAAAGCUUUUACAUUCUUCUUGA